GUAUAUACCAUGAAUUGGUUUAUGAUCCUGUUAUCUGAAUUAGCAGUGUCCAUUCUGUUACUGUAACAAGUUUGACAGUCAUGUAUUUGGGUUUGAAAGAGAAAAGUCAUUGUUUUUCUCUGUAUGACUGCCAGUUCUGUUACAUGCGGUCAACACUUACUAUACUUCGGUAAUAGAGUUGGAUAGUAACCGAAAUUACAUUUAUUUUUAAUUUUAGGACUUGUGUGUGACGUAAAUAAUUUCGUUAUAUUCGUUCUCUGACAACUCAUACUCGAAGGCUAUUGGCUCAUGCUUUUAAGGUCGGAAGAAGAUUACAAAAGAGGAGAAUCGCACCUGAGCACAUCGCUGUCCAAAGGAGAGGUUUCACAAUUUGAUAAACGAAACUGAUCAUUUAGGUUUCUUUUCUGUUAGCUUUAAAGCAGUGCAAAUUUGUUUCGUUUAUAUUUUUGUUUUUGAUUAUUAAGUUGUUUAUUUAGAUCACUUUUUUGGAGAUUUUUUUUGUUUCAAUUCAAUUAACUAUUAGCCGUGAUUGAGUGCUUUUUUGUGCCAAGUCCUAUCGAACUUUCGGUUACAGUCGAAAAAGCGAUUUCUUGAAAGAUGACUGAAAAAUAAAGGAGGGGCUUGACUUGAGUUCAGAACUGUAUGGGGCUAGCUAAAUGUGGAUUUGGGUUUUUUUGACCAAUUUAGUGGUGAAGCCAAUCACUUAAAUAUUCAACACAAAAUGGUUGAAGAUAUCUGGGAUUUUUUUGUAGAAAUUGACUUGGUAUAUACAUCCUGCACUUCACUGUGGAAUUUCUUGCUACUUAACACCUUUUAAUUUCGUCACCCAGUUUAACGCCUGCAUCUGCUGGUACGUUCAGGUCUGUGAUGCAAACAAAAACCGACCCAAUAUUAAAUUACAGUUCAUGUCAAAUUUUUACCCAGGACUUUACCCAGUCAUUUGAGGUGACGUAACCAUUUUGUUGCUGCCAUGUCACUAAAAACAGGAAAAGAACCUAAUGAGAAUAGUAUGCCAGAUGUGGAAGAGGGUCCAAUGGAAGAAAGCUCUAAACAAAAAGUGCAGCCUGUGACUGCUCCUAUGGCUGUGGAUGAUACUAUCUUUUCUCUGACAGAAAUGUUCAGGUCCUUUAUGGUAUAUCUCAAUGAACAUGAUAAUGGAAAAGAAAGCGAAACCGUGAAACGAGAACAAAAUUUCAAAGUGCUUAAUCACUACAUCGCCCAGAUGCAACUUGAAAUAGACCGUAUACGUCUUGAAGCCAGCUCCGACAAGCCAGUUUCAAGGGUGACAGACCAGGAGUUGUGUUUAGCAAGACUUAAGGACACAGAUAACAUUUACCACUAUUUGUUAACAUUUGAGAGACUGGCUGAGGCAUACCAGUGGUCUAAAGAAGACUGGGCUAGUUAUCUAAAACCGUUCCUUACCGGUGAGGCCAGAUCUGCAUUUGUUGAAAUGGACCCUGUACACGCACAAGAUUAUGAUUCUGUAAAGACAGCAAUCCUAAAAAAGUAUGAGAUCAGAGCGGAGAGUUUUAGACAGAGAUUCCGUAACCUAAAUACCCCUGUUGAUGAAUCACCACAAGAGCUUUACACCAGACUGAAAGGGUUAUUUUGCAAGUGGGUUAACUAUGACAGCAGUACUAAAAAAGAUAUUAUGGAGACUCUCGUGCUGGAGCAGUACCUACAAGUCUUGCACCCAGAUGUAAGGACGUGGAUCAAGGAGCAUGAUCCAGCUACUGCUGAAGAAGCUGCUAGCCUUGUUGAGGCAUAUAUCAAAGCCCGUAAAGGAACAGGCAGCUUCUGCUAUGCAGGUGUCCUGGCUUUAACUACAGGAUUUGCAUCCCCUAGUCAGAGCUUGGCUGACAAACCCCUACAGACUGCAUCACUGACACAGAGUUCAACCUCAGCUCCCCUUUCUGGUUUCGGUGACAAAUUUAGGGCACCUUCAAGUUCAUGGAUCUGUGGCACUUGCCUGGUACAAAACAUGUCAUCAGAUAAAAAAUGUGUGUUUUGUCUUAAACCGCAACCCAACAUAGAGACUGCUUCUAAAUCAGACAGUAAACCUGCAGAUGCCACGGCGAGCCUCAGUUCCCUCUUUGCUCCCCCAGCCGGUAGCUGGGAUUGUGACACAUGCAUGGUCAGGAACAAACCAGAUGUGUUUAAAUGUUUAGUUUGUUACACUGCCAAACCUGGGACUGGUGUAACAUCCAGCACAACUUUACCACCUCCUGCUGAGGUCUCAUCCGUUCUUUCUGCUGCUUCCUCUGCCUCUUCUACAACCACCACCACUUUGGUGGGGACGCCUGCAACUUUGUUUGGAUUCAAGAAACCUGCAGGAAGAUGGGAGUGUGAGGACCAGAAAUGUUUGGAUGACGAGGAGUGUGAGGACCUGGAAUGGUGGGGGGAUGAGGAGUUUGAGGACCAGGAAUGUGUGGCCUCCCAGUCACCAAAACCAGAAUCUAAAAUAGAGUCCGAAGGUUGUAGUUCAUCUUUUGGCAGUCAAUCCGACAGUUUAGACUCGAGCUUAGACUCAGUUGAUUUGGACCAACUGUUGGUAGCUGACACUAAACCAGCUGCCCCAAAAUAUGUGGAGUCUGCUACAACAGAGCCAACGCAGGUGAUGCCUACCUUAACUUUUACAAAAACAAUUAAUAAAGAUACCUCUGUGUCCUCCGGUGCGUUGUUAUUCAGUGCAGCCAAUGAGGCUAAAAAUUUGACACCAUCAUUUGGCUUCUCUUCUGGCAAACAAGGCCCUUCAAAAGAUCUCCCUAAGCCUUCAUUUGCAUUUGUUAAACCUUCCGCAACGGAACCUCCAAAGCCAUCAUUUACUUUAGGGCAGAGUAUUCCAGCUCCUGCUCCCAAUGGCAACCCAUCCCCCUUUGCAUCCCCUGCAUUCGGAGCCAAACUAAGUUUCAGCCAGCAGCCCAACCCUGCACCUACAUUUGGAUCUGCCGCUGCCUCCACAGGCCAAGGAGGGUUCCAGUCUGCCUUUGGGGCUGGAUCGGCAGCUCUAUCAACUCCUGUGGCCAGUCCAGCCAUACCUACUGUAAAUGCUCCCUUCAGUGGAGGCUUCAACUUUAGCCAGACCCCUGCAUUUAACAUUGGGUCAACAAACCGCUUCACAACGACACCAUCUGCACUGAAUUCAAUUGCUGGAGGCAAAAUCAAAACUUCUGUUCGACGCAGGAAGUAAAAGUUGGAAUGGAUUUUUAUGGCUCGGGGAUGGACUGCCUGUUUUUCGACAAACACUGAAGUACUUAGUAUUUUGAGCAUGGCACUGCCACUGUGAUUCGAUCAUAGUGCCAGAAAUUUUGUUUUGCUUUGGAGGUCAUUGAUUAACUGAAUGAUGAACACUGGCCUAAACAAACCAAGACUUCAAAAUGCAAAAUAACGCAUUACAAUCAAGCAAGAACU